GACACCUUUCCUCCCACUGACAAAUUAUGGGGCACUAUGCCUCCCACUGACACAAAUGAUGGGGCACUAUUCCUCCCACUGACACCGACCACCAACCAUGGGGCACUAUUCCUCCUACUGACACCAACCAUGGGGCACUAUUCCUCCCACUUACACCAACCAUGGGGCACUAUUCUUCACACUGACACGAACCAUGGGACACUAUUCCUCCCAUUGACACCAACCAUGGGGCACUAUUCCUCCCAUUAACACCAAUCAUGGGGCACUAUUCCUCCCACUGACACCAACCAUGGGGCACUGUUCUUCCCACUGACACCAACCAUGGGGCACUAUUCCUACCACUGACACCAACCAUGGGGCACUGUUCUUCCCACUGACACCAACCAUGGGGCACUAUUCCUACCACUGACACCAACCAUGGGGCACUAUUCCUUCCAAUAAUACCAAUGAUGAGGCACAGUUCCUCCCAAUGACACCAACAAUGGG